AUCACCACAAACAAAACACUUUUGUCUCUCUUCCCUUCUCUCAAAUGUCUCAAACACUCACUCAAACCAUGAAUCCACCUGAAACACACCCCCCGCCGCCGCCGCUCCAACCACCACACCUCCGCCGCAGAAACUUACUUUCAACCUCCGUACCACUACCCAUCCCAACAAAACUCACUCUACCACAAAACGGUACCUCUUCACCAUCAUCCUUUGAGCUCACCUCCCUCAUCAAACCCACCUCUUUAUCCUACACUUCUCUCAAAGACCUCAUCCCAUGCUCCUCCGUCAACUCCCCCACCGCCGGAUCCGCCGCCAACUCCGCCUACGAAAUCUCCAUUCGCAACCGUCUCGUCAAACAGGCUGCCUGGGCCUACCUACAACCCAUGUCCUCCUCCCCCGGGUCUUCCGCCCCACACUUCCUCCACCGCCUCUUUACUUCUCUCUCUUCCUGCUUACGCUUCAUCAAUUCUCAUAUCAUCUCGGCUUUAUCUCGCGCCAUUCACCAAUUUCUCGAUUGACCCGCCAAGAAUUGAAGCAUUUCAAAGAACUUUGCAGAGCCUAAUUCCGUGCAAUUAUGCCAAUAGUAAAGAGCCAAG